UUUUCCUGUUCCCACAUAUGACUUUCUAUGCAAGAACCCCAGCUGCUCAAGAUUGAAAUACUGAAGCAGCAUCGCAGUUCAUCUAAACUCCAUGUUUCCGUGGUCGAGCUGCUUCUUUCUGCAGUAGGGUUUUGCUUGUGUUCUUGCACAGUUCAUCAAUCCUUCGUCUACAGAAUUUGAUAGCUCAGCGUUUGCAGAAGAGGGAAGAGAGAGAGAGAGAGAGAGAGAGAGAGUUGGGUGGUUUUCCGGUUAAAGAAAUGGGAUCGAUAAAUGGCACGUUGCCUCUAAUUCUUAUUGUCAUGGUGAUGGCCUUAAACUUCACACAGCUUGCAGGUCUACCGCUCUUGUCCACCAGCUCUGUAUCAGGACGAGUUUUAGCUGAAACGAAUAACGUUUCAGACUCAAGUAGACACUUGGAUGAUACGGUAAGAGUCGACCCUUUAGACGGUUUGAAGAAAUAUAGAGGAGGAUAUGACAUAACCAACAAGCACUAUUGGAGUUCGACUGUUUUUACGGGCAUACAUGGAUAUGCUAUUGCAGUACUAUGGUUGCUAUGUGGUCUCGGAUAUGGAGGAUUUCUCCUUGUAACAAGAAGUUGUAAGAGUCGGAGGGAGCUCACGAAGAGAUCACCUUGUCUUAAGCAGGACUGUUAUCUGCAGCCUCUUCUUUUCCUUGUUGUCUUUACGAUCCUUGCUAUAAUGGCGACUUGCGUGGUUCUUGGAGGGAAUGCAAAGUUCCAUUCGAGAGCAAAGACGGUGAUUGACAUUAUUAUUGACACAGCGGAUGAGGCUUCCAACACGAUAUACAACACAACUGGAGCCAUGAAAGAAAUGAGCAGCACGUUGGGUGAAGUGAAUGGAAGUUCUGGCGCUACCAGCUUCCUGAUUUCAACGUCCCGGAGUCUCGAUGCUCAGGCUGCUGAUAUAGCAAGACAAGCGUCCAAGAACCGGCGUUUGAUUGAUAAGGGCCUCAAAAUAGUAUAUAUAGUAACGACAGUGAUAAUUUCACUGACAUUAGUAGCUGUGAUUGCUCUAUUAGUCUCAGGGAUUCUAAAAUUUCAAAGGGCUCGUCAAGUACUAAUUGUACUUUGCUGGAUUCUCACUGCCCUCUGCUGGUUCUUCUUUGGGAUCUAUUUCUUCCUACAAAACUUUGCCGGAGACACGUGCACAGCACUUGAAAGCUUCCAGCAAAAUCCCUACAACAACAGCUUGAGUUCCAUUCUCCCCUGUGACGAACUGCUUUCAGCAAAAUCAGUCCUGGACGAUGUCAGCGUAGGAAUAUACGACUUAGUAAAUGAGGUGAACGGUAACAUAUCUAGAUCAUACGGAAACAUUGUUCAGAUAUGCAAUCCUUUCUCACCACCACCUAUGCAUGAAUACCAACCAUGGAACUGUCCAGCUACUUCAAUCCGAAUAGGAGACAUCCCUCAGGUACUGAGAAUGCUGGCUUGCCCCGACACUGAGGGUGAAACGUGCAACGGAGGAAUCCUGGUCCCAGCCGGCUACUACAACUCGGUUGAAGCUUACACUACUUCAAUACAAAAGUUUCUGGACGUUUAUCCCGGUAUGGACAGCCUAGUCCAGUGUAAAACCGUAGAAGAUGCCUUCUCCAAAAUCCUUGAUGAACACUGCAGCCCCUUAAAGAGAUACGUGCGGAUGGUCUGGGCAGCGCUGGUAGCCCUGUCAAUCUUAAUGGUGGCCUUGGUUAUCGUCUGGACGGUAAGUGGCCGCCACAACGAAAACCGUCAUUCUUUAGGCAGUUCUGUGAAACCACACUCUAACACAGCAGAUAUGCUAGAAUCUGGAUUAGCAAAGACAAGCAACGAUGGCUCAAAACCCGGUUUAGGCUUGUAAAAUAACUAGAGAUCAUAGGAAACUACAGUGACACAAUCAAAUUCAGAAGCUCUUGAUGAGGUUGUACAGGUAGGAAGAUCCUAGUUUAGGUAACACAACAAACAGGAAAAACACUUUUCCUAAUUUUUUCUUCACACAAGUAUAUAGGAAUACAAGAUUGCCAUAGAUGGGGACAAACCCCUUGAUGGCAUGUAAUGAAUUUUUUCCACCCAAUAAAAGCCAUUUUAUUCAUUUGUUC